CAGCGCCUAUAUAAGCGGAGACACAGCCCCAGACCAGUCACUUGCGUUCCGACGACUCUCGAGGAAACAACAACUAGGAGGAAUGCCCGGGAAUACACACCCAGGCCCGGUCGAGAUCGCUGAGCCCGGCACGGUUGUCGUAACUCCGGCCCAUCUCAGUGAGUUCCUCCCUUCCGAAGCGCCGACACCAAGCAGAGCACCCCGCUACCGCCCAACGUCGAGAACAAGCAGUGUACUCAGUCAUCACACAUCGGCAACACCAAGCAGUUCCUUGAACCAUUGCGCAGCGUCAACAGCAAGAAGUGCAAUAUACGGCCCUUCCGGGGCGCCGAUUCCGCACACAAAGCAGUGCGAUACUCAACGAGCCGCGAUAUACUCGGACCUUCCGCAGCGUCGAUAUCAACAAGCAGUACCACAUUCGGCCCUUCAACAACGCCGACGCCACUUAUCAAGCAGUAUCACGCUCGAUAUAAUUAUAGUUAGAAAACGUAGUCUUAAUCAAUCGUACUAUUAAA